UGACAUUUCAAGAAGGCGUAGCUUGUAGCCUGACGUGGCCGACGUUUAGAUGUGGUGUUUUGGGAAAUUCACAAUGAUGGAUUCGAAGUGUCUAGGAUUAUUAUUUUGCGUUUUAUGUACAUAUCUUACAAAUGUUAACGCAUAUUUCAUUACCGUCGAUGCACAUGCAGAAGAAUGUUUCUUUGACAAGGUAGAGACGGGAACUAAAAUGGGUCUAAUGUUUGAAAUAGCAGAAGGUGGAUUUCUGGAUAUAGAUGUUAAAAUUGUUGGACCAGAAGGUAAAGUAAUUCACCAAGGAGAGCGAGAGACCAGUGGAAAAUACACAUUUGCAGCUCAUACAUCUGGCGUCUACACAUACUGCUUCAGUAACCAGAUGUCAACAAUGACACCUAAAGUUGUUAUGUUCAAUAUGGAAAUUGGUGAAAAAUCCAGUACAGAAGAUAAACCAGCUGAAGACGGUCACCAAAACCAGUUAGAACAGAUGAUAAAAGAGCUGUCACAAUCAUUAUCAAAUGUCAAGCAUGAGCAAGAUUACAUGCAAGUGAGAGACAGGAUUCAUCGAUCGAUCAAUGAGAGUACGAACAGCCGAGUUGUGAUGUGGGCUUUCUUUGAAGCACUAGUUCUAAUUGUGAUGACUGUAGGACAAGUAUACUAUUUGAAACGAUUCUUUGAAGUUCGGAGAGUUGUUUGAAAUCUUGUGAUGUCUUAUCCUUUUCCAUCUGAAACUUCUAUGAAUUACCCUGAGGUGAUCAUCAGAAACGAUUGAUCACAAAGUUCAUUUAUAAGAUCUUUCAAUAUGGGGUAACAUGGUGUAAAUUAUUAAUUUUGUGUGAUCAUUUUUCAAUUGUGUAUUUAUGGAUGUGAAGUUUUUUUGUGUCAUGUAUAUUUGUCAGUCAUUUUGCAAUUCAACAUAUGAAAAAAGGAGUGAGAUUUGUACAAAUUUUCUUUUGCAUCUUUCAUAUUCCUACCAUUGAUCUCCCAUUCUUUUCUGAACAGUUUCAGCAUUGUUCUUUUAAUCCUCCUCAGCAAGUAGGCAUUUCUUUCAAGUAUCCUGCUCUGACUUAAAUGGAGCUAUUUUAUGAGACUUUGUAGGGAAUAAUAACUUAUUGUGUAACUGUUUGAGUAAAUGUUUUAUGACUUUUGUAAUUCA